AAGCAAAGGGAGGGUCGAUCGGCGGCGUGCACGUUAUUACUCGUGCCCGCGCACGCACGCACGCUUUGCAGCUCAUUGGAUGGCGCCACAAUAUAAAAGUCCCGCAGUGGUCCCCCUCUGUUUAAUACCCAGCCCGCCUGGUUAACGUCACCCCAUUAAAACGAAGCAAACACGGCGUGGAUUUCAGAAAGGUAUCGAACUGUAUUUGCACCGCUGAGCAAUUAUUCCGUUAUUUAUUCCCAGUAUGAAGGAGAGACGCCCCCCGCAGCCUUUUGUAACGCGCUGUAAACUAGUGCUGGUUGGAGAGGUCCAAUGCGGUAAAACAGCCAUGCUACAAGUCCUGGCGAAGGAUUGCUACCCAGAGACAUACGUCCCCACUGUGUUCGAGAACUACACUGCCUGUAUGGAGCUUGACGGCCAGCGUGUUGAGCUGAGUCUUUGGGACACAUCAGGUUCCCCAUACUACAACAACGUCAGGCCUCUCUGCUACAGUGAUUCCGAUGCAGUCCUCUUAUGCUUUGACAUCAGCAGACCAGACACAAUAGAUAAUGCUCUAAAGAAGUGGAAAGCAGAGAUCCAGGACUUCUGUCCGUGCACACGGAUCUUGCUCAUAGGCUGCAAGGCAGACCUACGCACAGAUGUCUGUACACGCAUGGAGCUGUCCAGUCAGAAACAGACGCCAAUUUCCCAUGAGCAGGGUUGUUCCUGGGCCAAGCAACUCGGAGCUGAAGCGUACCUGGAGUGCUCGGCCUUCACAUCGGAGAAAAGCAUCCAUAGUGUAUUUCGUGCGGCGGCGCUGGCCUGCAUGGACAAACUACAGCCGGCAAACAAACCCAGCCCGGUUCGCCGACUCUCCAAGAGACUCCUACACCUCCCCAGCAAGACAGAGCUCCUCUCCUCCACUUUCAGCAAGGACAAGUCAAAGAGCUGCACCAUCAUGUGAGCACAAUGCAUAUGCUUGCAUAUGAGGACAAGUGUGGAUUUUGAAAUCCACUGUACUUCGCUUCACUUCACCACAAAACAACACUGUCAUUUCUCCCUCUAUAUUCAACGGAGACAAGCUGAAAACGAUCAAGAAGUUCCUAAUUAAUUGACUGUAAAUCCUACAUACUGUAUGUGCAAAUAUAGAGGCCAUAGACUCCUCGCACAAAGGUCGUUGUAAGGAAGGUCAUCCAAGAUUUUAAACGAGAAAGGGGAAUGCUGCAUUUGAACACAUCACAUUCAUUAGCACUCAUCUGCCUGGAAGACUGGACACUUUAUUAAGUACAGCUGCAUAUUCAUUGAUAAUCUGCACUUUUGAUUGAUAUGUUGGUUGCUUUAUUGACCCUUUGUGAUUAGGGGUUGCGGGUUCGAUCGAAAAAUGGGCUAACAGUAGCCACGUUUACAUGAGAUUUUCCUCUAUCCGAAUGAUGUACCAGGAAACAGUGUAUACAUGGAAAAGGAAUAUUCCAAUCUCCUGUCUACAUGCACCGCUAUAAUUAAACGGAAUAGUCAAUGGGACAUGCGCAGUAAAACGUAAAUAACAUCACAUGAUUCAUCAAAGAUGGCGGACGAGAGUGUGAUUACCACGGUUGUUGGGACAGUUGCAACGCUUUUGAAAAUGACGAAGAAGAAGAAGAGGCGUAGAGGGGAUGGGAUAAUUUUUUAAUAAUAAUACAUUAAAUAAUAAUACAUUAAUAAUAGGCGGCACUAAUAGGUGGCAUGGCGGUCGAGUGGUUAGCGCGCAGACCUCACAGCUAGGAGACCAGGGUUCAAUUCCACCCUCGGCCAUCUCUGUGUGGAGUUUGCAUGUUCUCCUCGGGCAUGCGUGGGUUUUCUCCGGGUACUCCGGUUUCCUCCCACAUUCCAAAAACAUGCUAGGUUAAUUAGCGACUCCAAAUUGUCCAUAGGUAUGAAUGUGAGUGUGAAUGGUUGUUUGUCUAUAUGUGCCCUGUGAUUGGCUGGCGACCAGUCCAGGUUGUACCCUGCCUCUCGCCCCAAGACAGCUGGGAUAGGCUCCAGCACCCCUGUGACCCUCGUGAGGAAAAAGCGGAAGAAAAUGAAUGAAUGAAUUCCAUUCAGGUCUUUUAAAGUUUGUAUCAAAAACGAACUUUCCGCUGUAGUCCAGUGAUGACUGCUCACCGCCAUUUUCAAAACCUGCGUGUUACGUUACGGCUGAGCAUGCGCUGAAAGAACACACCCUGGCGACUUUCCGAUACAAGAUACCUCAAUCGGAUUAGGGAAAGGAAUAUUCCACCCCUGUGAAUCCGAUUAUAAAUUCAUUCAGAUUGGCACUUUUCUUUCGGAAUGAGGUGUAUACAAAGGUUAGAUUCUUUCCGUUUGAGCAAAUAACCCGAAUGGAAUUGGAAUAUUUGACUCCAUGUAAACAUGGCUACUGUCAAAGCGAAAGAUGGUAUAGUCCUACAAAUGUUCUGCGUGAAAUAUUAUUUCUUAACUUGUGCGCGUGUCCUUAAUGAUUUGUCCGGUUCAUGUCACAAACGAUCCCUUGGACGGGAACUGCAUUUUCUGGCACCACGGGGCACAUUGAAGCUACAGUCGGAAAACUCUCCAUAACAGCAGUCCUUGAAGGAACGAUUCCCUUUGCUGUCCUUGUACUGUUUUUCAUUUGGAUUAAAGCUGACAGUGGAGAAAGCAGCAGCGAGGGAAGAGCGAUUUGGCAAGAAAGAUGGUGGGAGGAUGAACUCGAGGGACACACGAUAUGACUAAGCUCUCGCAUGAGUCCUCCGGUGUAAGAUGUGAUCCACGUGAAGACGUCACGUAUUGUCGCCGCCAUUGCGUGAUUAACUUUAGUGCUGCAAUAUCAACAUGGAAUGAUUCAUCUGCAGUCCAUUUCCCUUUUUGCACGGUUGUAGUUUCGUUUCACAUGGUCCUUGAUGUGUGUGUGAUAUGUGAUGAACCUGGCCUGUAGCUCAUUAUGCAAUCUGCCUCGUUAGCAUUAACGCACAUAUACAGGUGAUGCCGAUCACACAAACAGGCUGGUCCUGUCCUGUGGAAAUGAUAGCUUCUAUACAAUUUUCAUCCGUAACAUCAAAUCUACCGUAUGGAUGUUCCGAUUUGCUUCCAGCUAUCUUUACUAUUGCUGUUGAUGUGUUCACUUGAGCAUUCGUAUCCGUUGACAGCGCAGCUAAUGGAGGAAUUGAUGAUUUGUAGGUCUGCACCAAGAAGACCGGCGUUGUCUGGUAAUAGAGAACACUGGAAUUCAGCAUGUUGCCUAGCAACAGUGUGAGCAGGGUCAGGCGUAAGCGCAGAGAUGGAGGGAUGGCUCUCGCAAAAAAAAAGGGGGGGGUGCCUAACCUUUCAUUUGUAGCAUUAAACAGAAGCCACAGCUUUAGGCGACGGCCAUGCUUGUUGUCUGCUUCUAAAGACGCCAGUCAGUCGCAGCCAAGGGACGUUGGCACGUCCUCUAAAAAAUACACCUGUAGCUGUAUUGUUGAUGUUUUUAUUUCACAGUCCCUCCAGUAUUUCGGUUUUCUCCCUUUUUUUUUGUACAUAUCUCCCCUCGCUUGUGAUGAAAAAGUAUUUCUUUGAACUUGCCAAUAAUGGCUUAAAUUAUUGAAUCGAUUCUGUAUUUGCUAUGACCAUACAGUACACUAUUUUCCAUCUUCAAAGCUUUAUUGAAAUAAAAAUAUUCAAAGUUCAUUUUUUUGUGACUUUUAUUCCUCUUGAUGACGACCUCCUGUCCCCCGCCCCACCCUCUCAAUCGCUGCCCCCUCUGGGACUCCCACCCGUAAUUGCACUAGCCUGUCCACCUUUAAGUCUCAUGUAAAAAAACAUCAACUGGUCUGUUUUAUGGAUUUGUGGCUUUGAAUGCAUCACUUGCUUCAUUCUAAGUGGAUUUCAGUUUUUAGAAAAGGGCUUUUAAAUAAAAUGUAUUAUUAUUAUUAAUUUUCUAUCGCUUAUCCUCAUGAGCAGGGGUCUCAAACUCAAUUUACCUG